UUAAAUAAAAUUUCUUCUUCAUUCCUCUGUUAAUUCUCAGCUGCUUCUUGAUCUUCCCCAAGAUGAUUCGUCCCCUUACCUUCUUCUUAUUCAUCUACUUGUUUAUCAUUUCUUCACCAGCAAUUUCUUCUUCAGUUUCAAUCACUUACAGUCCCAAAACUCUAGCUAAAUCAGGUGAUUUAGUUAACAUCCAGUGGAAUGGUGUAGAAACACCUAGUGAAUUUGAUUGGCUGGGGAUAUAUUCACCACCAAAUUCAUCAAACAAUAGUUACAUCGGUUACGUUUACUUAUCUUCUUGUAAUAAGUGGAGAACUGGGUCUUGUUCGAUCGAUCUUCCACUGGUCAAUCUCCGAUCAAAAUACGAGUUUCGGAUCUUCAGAUGGAGAGAUGAUGAUGAGACCGGUAAAAAAAAAGUUGAUCCUGAUCACAACCCAGUACCAGGAACGAAGCAUAUGUUGGCGAAAUCACAAGGAGCACUAGGUUUUGAGACUGGGAGAGGACCAGAGCAGAUUCAUUUGGCAUUCACAGACCAUGAAGAUGAAAUGAGGGUUAUGUUCAUAACUGGAGAUGGAAAAGAGAAUUAUGUCAAAUAUGGAGGAGAUGAAAAUGCCAUGAAUAGGGUUGUCAAUACAUUUGUGAGCAGGUAUGAGAGGGAAGAUAUGUGUGAUGCUCCUGCUAAUCAUACUACUGGGUGGAGAGAUCCUGGUUUCAUUCAUGAUGGAGUCGUCAAAAACUUGAAAUCACACAAAAGGUAUUAUUACAAGGUUGGAAGCGAUGCAGGAGGUUGGAGUGAGACUCAUAGCUUCAUGUCACGUGCUAACAACUCAGAUGAGACGUAUGCAAUUUUAUUCGGCGACAUGGGUACUGCAACCCCAUAUUCAACCUUCCACACUACACAAGAUGAAAGUGUAUCAACCAUGAAAUGGAUUCUACGUGACAUUGAAGCCCUAGGUGACAAGCCAAUUUUUAUUUCCCAUAUCGGAGACAUUAGCUACGCAAGAGGCUACUCAUGGGUGUGGGACACAUUCUUCACUCAAAUUGAACCUGUUGCAUCUAAGGUACCGUACCAUGUGUGCAUUGGGAACCAUGAAUAUAAUUGGCCGUUACAGCCUUGGAAGCCAGACUUGGCGAAUAUGUACGGUAAGGAUGGUGGUGGUGAGAGUGGUGUCCCAUACAGCCUUAAGUUUAACAUGCCUGGGAAUUCUUCAUCACCAACUGGAACUCGAGCUCCUGCAACUCGGAACCUUUUCUACUCGUUUGACAGCGGGGUGGUGCAUUUCGUGUAUUUGUCAACUGAGACUAAUUUUCUUCCAGGCAGUGAUCAAUAUAACUUCAUUAAGCAUGACCUUGAGACAGUCAAUCGAACGAAAACACCUUUCGUUGUUGUCCAAGGCCAUAGACCAAUGUAUACAACCAGUGACGAGUAUAGAGAUGCCCCCUUGAGAAGCAGAAUGCUUCAACACUACGAGCCUCUGUUUGUGAAGAACAAGGUGAGUCUAGCAGUGUGGGGUCAUGUGCAUAGGUACGAGAGGUUCUGCCCGCUGAAGAAUUUCACCUGUGGGGAGGGAGAUGAAGCUUUACCGGUGCACAUUGUGAUUGGGAUGGGGGGACACGAUUGGCAAACUUUAUGGACACGAAGGCCUAGUCAAACAAAGUACCCAAUCUUCCCACAACCUGAAAGAUCAUUGUUCCGUACUGGCGAAUUUGGUUAUACACGACUGUUUGCUACAAAGGAAAAAUUAAGGCUUACCUUUAUCGGGAACCAUGACGGAGAGCCACAUGAUAUGGUGGAAAUUUUAGCUUCAGGCAAAAUUUUGAGGAGAGCUGAGGAGGCUUGGAAUAAGUCAUAAGUGGAAAAUGGUUAUUUGUCAUGGUUUAUUUCACAUGGUAGACGAGAGUAGCUACAUCUGGAGUGGAGGGACACCCGUGAAGACUAAUGAUGUUUGAGUGACUAAUGGUUAUUUGUCAUGGUUUAUUUCACCAGAUUUCAGCAUUAUUGUUUUAAAUUGUGUCUAUGCAAGUGCAGUCCCAAUACUCAAAACUGAUUAAGAAGUUAUUUUGCUUCUGAAAUCUGGUGAUAUAAUUGGCAAGCUAUCUGUGGAUUUUUGAACGUAUUGUUUCAAAUAGUCAUUGUACAUUUGACCGUAUUAAAGAAUAUCGAGAUUUCCAG